UUGUUCCGAUACUUGAAUUUUGGUUCACAAUUUAGCACACUAAAAUUGGCGGGAAGUGAUGUGUUGUCAAAUUUUGUAACACAUUUCAAAGAAGAUAUAUAUACACAUCUACAUUGAAGUUGCUAACCGCUCAAACUGAAUUACUAGUACAUGGAAUGAUGCUGUUGGUGUAAAUAUUACCAGGUAUAUAGAUGUAAAUCAUGUAAAUUAACAAAACAACAAUCAAGUCUAUGCACAUACAUAUUAUGGAAGAAACAGAGUUAGAAAAAUACCAAAAGGAAGUAUGGAUGAGGAGCCAGAUUGAAAGCCAUGAUAUUCAGAGAGAGGCAGCUACUAGUUCUACAAAAGUUAAUAAAGAUGACUCAGUGAAACUGAUCAAUUUAUUAACAGAGUUAGGUGAAGAUUUAAGAAAACAACAUUUUGAUAAAGACAGAAAAGAAGUCAUAAUUAAGAGAAUACAGCUUGGGAAUUUUUUGGUUAAAGAAAUAUUUGAAGAAGAGAAUAUAAAUGAUGAAAAUAAAGAGAAGUUAAAAUACAUUGCUGAGUUGUUAGAGAAGCAGUGUCGACUUGUCACAGAAAUAAUGAAAGCCUUAAAGAGAACAACUGAACUAAGAAGUAAACUGGAUUCUCUGAAGAAAGACAAUUUUGAGAAAAGAACAGAAAGUAGAAGAAUAAUGUUGGAGAUAAAGGAGAAAAAUGAAGCUAAACAACAAAUUAUUAGAGACCCAGAAACUAUGCAAUCCUUGAAAGAGUUUGAUAUUAUAAUGCAGAAGAUUGUGAUAGCCAGACAUACCUUGCAGGGUCUUGUGCUGGGUAGUGGUGUUAACUGGGCAGAUGACGCACAGUUGUUGGAGGUUGUCCUAAAACUAGGAGAAACUUUGGACUUUAAGUGAUUUAUGAACAUUUGUUGUUAACUUGGAGAACAUGUUUACUUAUUUAUUGGUGAAAAUCACAGAUUGUUUCAAUUAUAUGUUUGAAAUUUGUCGGAUUAAUAUAAAAAUAAACUUAGUAAAAACCAA